AUGUCAGCCACACAGUCGUCUACGCUUCCGCCCGAGGUUCUCAAGCACAAUGAAGGCCCGUCGCUCGUUAUCGUCAGCGCUGUGUCCAUUCCCUUUGCGCUUGUCAUUGUAGCUACGAGGGUGUGGGCACGUCAUCGGAAGAACAUGGCCCUCGAGAUUGACGAUUGGCUCAUAUUGAUAUCAUUGUGCCUAGUAUUAACCGAGUUCGUUUACGGAACAGUACUUUGCACCAUCAAAGCCAGUAUCCUGCUCAUGUACUAUCGCAUAUUCCCAACGCGAUCGAUGAAGAUUGGCGGCUAUGUCCUCGGUGGACUAACCCUAGCUUGGUGGAUAGCCAUUGUGUUCACUACCAUCUUCCAAUGCACUCCGAUCGACAAGGCCUGGAAACCCUUCAUGGAAGGGGGGAAGUGCAUCGAUAAGAACAAGUUCUUCAUUGGGAACUCUAUCCCUAACAUUGUGGUGGAUGCCCUGAUAAUCUCGUUGCCAAUUUGGGCGGUAUCAAAAGUCCAAGUACCGCGGUCACAAAGGGUAGCUAUUGCUGGUAUCUUUCUGCUCGGUGGAUUGAUCGUAGUAAUCAGCUGCAUCCGACUGAAAUACAUCGUGGAUCUUCUUCAAGCAGGACCCACGGCAGACUUUACCAAACUGAUUUCAACACCAUGGAUCUGGACAGUCAUCGAGCCAACCAUUGGACUCCUCUGCGCGUGUUUGCCCACGAUGCAACCGCUGCUUUACCUAAUCUUCGGGCGCUUUAUCACCAGAGCGACCCAAGACCGCAGCAAGGAGGGGAUUAUCACUAUCGGCGGUAGUGGGUCUAAGCAGACGGAAAGGGAGAGGGUGCCAGCCAAGGACGGUCCAUUUAGGCGACUUCACGACAAUGACUCUGCCGAGGAGCCUGUUUUGUGGCCAGAGACGUACAUCAAUGAGCAGAACACGGUGGUGGAGCAUAUGAAGGGCGACAGGGGGGAUUCUAUCCCGCUGGGUACAAUUGCAGUCAAGAAGGACAUGACGUGGGCAGAGUCACGAUAA